UUCUUCUUCUUUUUUUUUUUUAGAUGCUUAGGAUUUAUUUUUAUAAUCACGUUUAUUAAGGUGUCACAUACAGUAACAUUUACUGUUUUCUAAGUCUAUAAUUUAUGGUUUUUGUUAAAUGAAUAUUCAUGUAACUACUAUCACAAUCAGGAGAGAGGAUAUUUCCAUCAUCCCAAAAAGAUGCCUCUUAUGCCUUUAAUUGCUUAGGACAUAAUUUUUUUCCUUAUUUUAAGAUCUUAUACAGGCAUCUUUUAAAAUUCAAUCAAGUGUCGUUACAAUUCUACCCAUGUUUCCUACUAGAGUCAAAAUUUUUUUACAAUCUUAAAGUUUUUGUCCCAUGUCUCUAAUUCCUAAUGUCAUCUUGGCUGAAACCACAAUUUCAUAUGACUCAGAGAAGACUGAUCCAGAAACAUUUUCUAUAACCUUCCUGUCUGGCUUGCAGUAAGAUUGGACAAAGCACUAGGCUUUCAAAAGUGAGUUCCAUUCUGCCCACUCCACUCUAUGACUGUUUGGCUUGAAGAAGAAGACAGAAAUGUGAAUCUGCUUCUCUUACUAGGUCUUUAACAUUUUUCAUAGUCUCACCACAAAGAGUGCAGGUCUAGUGAUUAUUAGCUGUUUAAAAGAUAAUUUGUUGUUUUAAAAAUUUUCAAUCUCAAAAAAAAUUUGAAAGAAUUGUACAAUGGAUAUAUACUUUUUACCAAUAUUCACCAAGUCUUAACAUUUUGCCACAUUUAAUGAUAAAGAUGUAUUUUUAUAAACCAAUGAAACAGUGAUCUUUUUAUUACUGGAGGAAAAAUUAAUUAUUGCAUUUCAUAUUACAUGACACAAUGGUUUUCAAUGUUGUAUUUUCCUAAGGAACUUUCCUCUUACGUGCUGACUUUAGAACCAAAACUGUAUUAUGCAGCUAAAAUGAUUUUGUAGCCUUCUGCUUAUAAUUAGAGACUGCCCAUUCCAUUUUUGGUUGUGUUCUUAAGCAAAUCUUCAAAAACAUGGAUGCUGGCAACCUGUUGAUUCUGGAUUCUACAUAUUAAAGUCCGUUUUGCUUAUCAUCUAUACAAGUUCAUAAACAUACUAGUACCUCUCUCUAAACUUUUCUUAAUUUGCCUUUUCUCUAAAAAAGAUGGAACUUAGAAAUAAACUUAAAUUGGGUGUUCGUUGUCUCUGUUAUUCUUUAUUAUCUCUUGCUUUUAUUUAUUUCAGCCAAUAACAGUAGUAAGUCUCAAUUACAAAUAUGUUUAAACUAAUUCACAGAGCAAAAUAACUUAAAAUUUUUUUCUAGUUAUCAAUCUGGUUAGAAAUUACAUUUAUCAAGUAAUGUAGUUUGUUGCUAAUGUUCUGUUUAGGAAUAAAAGUUAAAAGGUAAUAAUAAUGGAAUGACAAUUUCUUUUAUAAAUGUUACCUUAAGUAAUUAAGCCAGUAAAUCCAAACGAUCGCCCUAAAUUCUAUCUUCAAAUGAAGCUUCCUGAAUCUUGCCAACUGCCUGCUUACCUAACAGGCUUAGUCAAUAGGACAGCAUUCCCACCACCCUAAUUCUGGGAAAAGGCCCCAGGGUUUCACAUUGUUCUCUGAACACUGUUAAGAAGAAUUUGUAGAUGCUUCCGUAUUACAAGGCAUUCAUUCCCUGCUAGAUUUGGGCGAGUGGACUGACUACACGUCGAAAGCCUGUAACAGAAUAACCUGAAAUGACUCUGCUGUAGGUCCGGCACAGGCCACCCCUGAUUAAUGGAAACUUGUGACUAAUGUAGAGGAGCUGCUUUGGGCCAGAGUUUUCCAGAGAAGUAGGAAGGUCCUGGAACAGUGAAUGGUGCGACAAUGUGUUGGGGAAGCAAAAACUCCUCUGGCUUCUAUUCCGAAGAUACUCCUAUUCUUGCUCAGCCAGUCUCUGUCACCUGACAUCUAUUUUUAGGGACCAAACAGUUGUUUGUAUAUUAGUUUACAGAAAAUGAGUGCAUUGUUUAAAGGUUAGGACAGUAUUCUGUAAUGUUUCCCUCAUUAAUUAUAUAUACACACAUAUGCAUAUAUAGUAUGUAUUUAUAUUUUAAAUAAUAGUUUGUAGUACUUCGUAGUUUUAGCUCUCAAUAACCCUGUGAAAAUGACAUCAUCACCCCUGGAUGCGGUCAUACGGGCCAUGGCAGGUGGUUCAUCAGGGAGCCUAUCUACGGUGAAGCUGACAUAUUUUAGAUCCCAGCUGUACCACUUCACAGCUUCUGUUACCUUGGGUAGGUAUCUACUACUUUGACCCCUGAGUUUCCUCAUCAGUAAACUGGGAAGGAUAUCACCUGUGUGUGUGUGUUGUGAAAAUAAGGUAACACAUAGAAAAUCUACUACAAGUUCCUGCUUCUAGCAGGCACUCAAUACAUGUUCCUUUUUCUUUUUCAGGAACACUGAAGAUUUUAUGAGUAAGUAUUAUAUAAAUGGAAGGUAGUAUUAAGUCUAAAUCCUAGGACCGUAUUCCCAAAUUCUUAGAUAUUACAAUGUAUGCAAAACAUGUUCAGGCCACUCAACUGUAGGCUACAGAUGACAAGGGAAAGUAAAAAUGAACAAAUGGAUUGAUAGUACAGUAGCUGAAAAUUUGGAACCUCAAUCAGGCUUUUGGCAUCCCUUCAGGCAGUCGUUCUGGGCUACAUCAGAUAAGAACUGAGUACAUGGAAAGCUGCCAGAUGUACCAUAGACAUCGGUGAAAAAAAAUUUUUGUCAUACAAAUAGGAGGAGUAAGAUAGCCUAUAAUGAACACCAUUGGAAAAAAAUGGAUGAAUGCUAAAUGGUAUUCAGUUGCAAGUUUGAUAUUGUUAAAAGGGCUAGGGUACAACAAAAUGGUUAGAACUCAAGAGAAAACCAUAUGGAAUUGACAUCUUUUAUUAAGGAUACAUGGCAGAAGGAACCAAAAGUAUACCAUAGUAAGAGUGCAUAUUUCACCCCCUUUGAAUGGGAAAGCUAAAAUAUCCUGGUCUUAAGGGCAUCAUUAUCUGUAAUAGUUAUUGAUUGCUCAAUGUGUGUUCACUCACAGCUGUGCCAAACAUUCUGAGAAUGUUAAGUUCCAUUAUGAACUAUUGCUAGGGUGCUUGCUUUUAAGUGAGGAACCCUUGGAACAAAAUGCCUUGUUCCAGGUGAAUACCUGAAUGCUGGUGGUUCCCAAUCAGAAUGGCAAAUGUAGUAGAAACCGAAUAAUUCCUGAGGCUGAGUUUAUGUUAGAGUUCAGAGAGAGAAAACCAUGCAUAAAGCUAGAUAUGUCUACUUAGUUUUGUUGCAAGCAAAGCAAUUGCUACAAGGAGGAUUACGGGUGAAAGUCAUGGAUGGAUUAUGAGUUAAUCACACACCUAGAGAAGCAUGUAAAAUGUGCAGGUAAAUUACACCCAUUCAUUCAGGCAGACGUUUCCUGGCACCUGAAUGAAAGGCAAGCACUGUGAGGAUCCAGUAUCAUGCUACAAAUGAUAACGAACCUUGAAACUCUGGUCUAGGAUGGAGUACCAGAAUAUUUUGUAGCCGCCUCUUGUGUCUCAGUACUAUUACGAAGAGAAUCAGCUUUACAUACAGACAAAUCUGGGUUCAAAUCCUAGUUCCAGUGCUCUAAUAGCUGUGACAGUGGCUAGCUGACUUAACUUCUUUGAGUCUAUUCCCUUAUUAGUGCCAUUUUAGGGGGUUUGUGUGGAUUAUAUAUAUUAGAGUUAUAUAAAGCAUUGUUACAUACUUGGUGAUCAUCACACAAUAGGUCUCUACCCUACCCCCAAGGAUUAUCUUCUUCCUUUCUGGAGGAUCUUAGGGAAAGAGAAGUGCUACAGUCUUCCCCAUGAGCCUGUAGAAGGUUAAUGGUCCUCCAGAAACUGAAGUUCAGGUAAUUAUAGAUUGCCUUUUCUGAUUACUACACCAAAAUUUGACAAUUUCGUUUUUUAAAGGUUUUAGUAUUGCAAUGUGGAAUCCAAAACUGUUAUCAAUGAACUUUUGAUUGUUACAUUGAAAUCUGUCAGUCUAUCUUGCACUUUGAAUGUAUCUUUUACCCAUGCAUGAUUUUGUAUUAUCAUGCAUUAGUCAUCUGGAAAAUACUGGUUCACUGAGUUAUGCAGAUCUUUCAAAUGUUGACAUAGUUCAUUAUGUAAUAUAAAAGAGUCACAUUUGUCAAGCUCACAGUGGCAGAUACAAGUCUUCAAAAAUUCUGAUUUUUGCUUGAAACCUAUAUUUUAUCAAUUGGCAACAAAUACUUUAAGUUGUUUUCCUUAAAGUGCUAAGUUUACUUCAGUCAUUUUUGGGAAAACAUCGCCAAAUACCCAAGGCUGAAAACCAGAGUUUAUCUCUCAUGGUACUCCAUGAAAAAAAGUAGGUUAACUCACAGUUUAAUCUCAUACACACUUUUCUUUGAGACAACUAUCAAAUGCUAUAUGCGAUAUAAGUGGAUUAUGCACCUUCUCAUUUUGUCACACUGACAUGAGAAAGACCACAUGUAUUUAAGGGUUGAAAUUUAAUGUAAUUAAUAAUUUUUUUGCUUCUUCAAAGAUUUUAAGUGCAUGACAGUGAAUACAGUAACUACUGUAUACUAAGAUGCCAACAGUUUUACUCAUCUUUGCUUUUGUACCAUUAUUGCAAAUGUUGACAUAAUGAAAUGGCAAAUAAAGUACGUGUUACUGUGAAAAUAGUCUGCCCUUUAAGGGGAGACUCCCAGGGCCCCAUGGACCACACUGGAAGAAUUGUUGUUAUGGAGACUAGUAAGGUAAAGAUUCUAAACCAGAUAGGCUACAAUUCAUAACCUAAUUCUACAAUGUAAUAGCUUGGUGACCUUUUAAUCUUUCUCAAUCUCAAUUGCCCUAUUGCUAAUAGGAAUGGUAAUGUACCUGACAAAAGGAUACAGUAUCGCUUACUAAAUUAGAGGCUUCCCUGACAGAGAAAGGGGCAGAGUUGGUAAACUAUUACCCAAAUGACAUGAUUGGCUUAGUCUUCAAUUUAAGUGAAUUAAUCAGCAAUUUUUCAGUGUAAUGCAAGAAAUCUAUUUGGGAGAAAAAAAACAAAGAUAUUAUCACCUCAGAAAGCAAGUGUUAAUAUGGAAAAAAAUUCCAGAAAUACAGCUGCUAUAACUGGAUUAAUUUUUUACAACUACCAAUAGAAUAUUCCCAUUGGCUUGUCAGUUUUUGUCCAAACACCGUAACACAGUAGUUCUCAACAGAGAGCAAUUUUGCUCUCUAGGAGACAUUUGGCAGUGUCUGAAAACACUUUUGGUUAUCACGGUUGGGGAAAUGCUAUUGGCAUCUAAGUGAGAAGAGGCGAGGGAUGCUGCUAACCAGCCUACAAGGCACAGGACAGCCCCCACCACAAAGAAGUAUCCAGCUUCAAAUGUCAAUAAUGCUGAGGAUGAGAAAACCUGGCCAUAAAGCUUUAAGCAACAUAAAGUGGAAAAGAAAAAAAAAAGGGACCAGAAACAUUUUAAAACCUAAACUAUGCUUAAAAAUGCAACAACUGCACUACUGAAGCAGCCCUAAACAGUCCAUUCAAGACAAGUCCAAAAAGAGAUUCAAAACAGAACUGAAGCCAAGCCAUGGACUAUACAGCUUAGUUAUCAAGUACAGGAUUGGCUUGAGCCAGUAAUUUCUUUUUCCCUCUAGCGCUAGCACUAAAAGGUAGUUUUUACACAUUAAAGUCACCUGCACUUUUCUUAUCUUUGUUCAUUAGGAAAAAUGUAAAUACUCAGCUGCACACACCAGGUGAUUAUAUUUUCUGACUGCCCAUUUAUCUCUGCAUUAGCUAAAGGAUUACUGAUUUGUUUGAUAAUAAGCUAUGGAAUAGUUUUCAAAUCAAAUAGAAAAAUGCUUUAGGGGAAACCUUUCACAAUAUUUCUGUUAAAUGGUUUUAGCAGAACACAUUUUAUCUUAUUUAACAAGCCAAAGAAAGACUGAUUAUUCUCUUUGCUUUGCAUUUAUUGAGAGAGGUUUGCAUUGGUUUCAACUUUAGGUUCUUAUUAAGAUAGUUCAUCCAAACUCUGCAUCAUUUAUAUUCACUCCUCUUGGGGAGAGGGUUACAGCAACAAAACCUAUACAUUAAUAGAUCAAGAGAAUGUUCAGUAAAGGAUUUUUCAGACCUCUAAGACACCAGUGGCCUACUACUCAGUGUCUCUGGGCUUGGUUUCCCUGUCUGUAAAACGAAGGUCUUGAUUUAAUUAGCUCCAAAUAAGCUGGCCAUAUCUUGCAAGAUGGGUUUGGGGAUGGAAAAGUGGAGAGGAAAACACUUGGAUCUGUAAAGGGUUUCUUAGGUCCUGUGUAUUUAUUUGUAGAGAGAAUAUAAUCAUGUUAUCUAUGCUACUUAAAGUCUAAUCUGUCUCACAGAAAUAAUGUAUUUCUUUCUCAUUGGAAGAAUUAAUCCAGUUUGGUCACUGUGUUUGGGUAACUUACUUCCUAACAGCUGUAUCCUUCUUUGCUCUUCAAACCAAGUGUCAAAGAUGGAGAAAAACAGAGUAAGUCUUGAGACCCCAAGCACUCCCUUCUCAGGCUGUGUGUUAUCAGUUCUGUUUGCUCAGGCUUGCAUUAGGGGAUGCGAGUUUUAAGCAGAAGCAAUAAUAGUACAUUGAAUGGUAAACAGAAUACCAAGAACCAGUAUGGUAAGAAGAAAGACUAAAAACUUUUUGAUCGCAUGGUUAUUUCUAGAAUGAAGACCGGAUUUUGUUCCCACCUUAUGGUUCCUCACACAUAAGAGCAUACAAGGAUAAUAGAUGGUUCAUAAUUCAGAAUUAGGAACAUGAUGUCUUCAGAGAAGGCAAGAACAUGUUGGAGACAAUAGUGCAGUUAUUGACUUUUUCCAACAAGGUAUCUCGAGCAUCUUUGAAAUGCCAUUUGUGUUCACCUCAAAUACAACAGUAACUUAUUUCUAAAUAUUUUAUUCGAUUCUUAAAGAGAGAUUUGAAUUUCUCUCACUAUGUUUAGUAACCCAGACUUACAUGCAGAGAUUUUGCCAAUUCUAACCCAUCUUCCACAUCCUAUUUAUUACUCCCUGUAACACUAUGUCAGGACCUAUUCCUUCCCAUCCACUCUGACCGCUGCCAUUCUAAUGCAUGCCUUCUCUCACCUCUUGCUUUAACCACUGCAAUGGUUGAUACUAAGUAGUCCUUCUGGCACUGGCUUCUCUUUCCAUUCUAUCCCCCACACACUGCUAAAACUCUUUUCUCAACAUGAUUAAAAAUCUGAAGGGCUCCUCCACUGUUUAUAGUACAAGCUCAGUAUGGUCCAUAAUUUGGUCUUUUUAUUUUUCCAGUCAUAUGUCUUAUCACUCCCCUACAUAAUCCAUGUAGUUUCUUUAUCACUACAGGGAUCCUGGAUUCUACAAAUAUUUAUCAAGUACCUAUGAUAGGAGUAGCUUUUGCUAAGAUCUGUUUUCCCUGCCUGAAGUGUCCACCAUGGUAUUCCUGAUCCAUGACAGCUUCUAGACUUCCUAAAACACUGCCAUAUAGCACUUUGCACAGAUGAUCCUAUGUUACCUUUUGAUGUAUAUGUAUCCUGUUUCUAUCAAUAAUCUCUUUUAGGUAGGGCCCAUGUCUUGGGUCUCUCCAUAUCGCCAGCAUCUUGUACAAAGUUCAGUAUAUGUUCACUUAUUUUUUUAUUUAUACUUUCUAUCUUUAUCUGUUUUGCAAAAGAACUCUGAGACAGCUAACAUGGUAAAUAUUUAUGAGAUUAUAAUCAGAAUACAGGUAUAACCUCACCAUUACUUGGCACUAUUAUGCAAGCUCUUUCUUUGUAUAGAUUAUCCCAUUUAAUCCUCUCCACAGACCUAUGAGGUGGGUACUAUUUUCAGCAUUUACAGAUGAAGAAACAAGAUUUAGAAAAGUUGAGUUGCCUAAAGUGAUCUAAGUAACUAGUAAAGUCAGGGUUCAAACCCAGGUCUUUCUGACACCAACAUCAGUGUUCUUAAGCAAUCUUCUUCCUUUUCCACUAUGAUAAAGUGUCAGAACUGAGAAGCUGAGGUAUAUCCAGGCCUUCAACUUGAGAAAUAACACUUUCUACUUUGUAGGCUGAAGUUUGAUGUCUUGAUGACAUAAUGCAAAAAAGGUGGCAAUUUUUUUCUGUGCCUGCCUCCAAUCAUGACCUGCAAAUGAAGAUUUUUGCCCAAAUAGGGAUUGCCAGACUAGGUCAAAUAGGUAAAAACAUUUGUCUUAAAACUGUGUGACGAUCUGUGUCAUUUGACCAAAUUUUCAAAUGUUCCUCAAACUAAUGGAUAUCUGAUAUUGCAUAAUUAGCAGUUCCUAAAUCCUAAAAAGACAUUUAUAAAAACAAAUGGAAAUGCAGAACAGUUGUGUCUAUAUUCGUAUCAAUAUAAAGGAAGGAAAAGGAACCCUCAGAACCAAUCUCAACCUGAUUUAAAGCCACAUUACCCUUUCCUUCCCUCAAAGGCAAAGGCUUAAUUCUUUAAUUCUUAGAUUCUCACAUUAACAUGAGAACUUUUUGGUUUCUCUGUCAUGCCAGUAUACUAGACAAGUUUCUUUUGCUAUCUGGAUUUCCCUCAGGUUUUGAUGCUGCUGCUCUCACUUCACACUCAGGUCCCUACAUAUCCACUGAAACAAUUUAAAGGAAUAAUCUUAGGUACAGGACUCCCCACUUAUCUGUGGUUUCACUUUUGACAGUUUCAGGUACCUGCAGUUAACUGCAGUUUGAAAACAUUAAGUGGAAAAUUCCAGAAAUAAACAAUUAAUAAGUUUUAAAUUCUGUGCAAUUCUGAGUAAUGAAAUCUUAUGCCCUGGAACGUGAAUCAUCCCUUUGUCCAGCAUAUCCACACUGGAGAUGCUCCCUGCCGGUUAGUCCCUUACUAGCCAUCUGUAUUAGUUGUUUUCACACUCCUGAUAAAGAUAUACCUAAAACUGGGAAGAAAAAGAGGUUUAAUUGGACUUACAGUUCCACAUGGCUGGGGAAGCCUCACAAUCAUGGCAGGAGGUGAAAAGUACUUCUUACAUGGUGGUGGCAAGAGAAAAAUGAGGAAGAGGCAAAAGUGGAAACCCCUGAUAAACCCAUGAGAUCUUGUCAGUCUUAUUCACUAUCAUAAGAAUAGCACAGGAAAGACCAGCCCCCAUGAUUCAAUUACUGCACCCCCACCCCCGGGUCCCUCCCACAACACAUGGGAAUUCUGGGACAUACAAUUCAAGUUGAGAUUAGGGUGGGGACACAGCCAAACCAUAUCAUUCCACCCCUGGCCCCUCCGAAUCUCAUGUCCUCACAUUUCAAAACCAAUCAUGCCUUCCCAAUAGUCCCCCAAAGUCUUAGCUUAUUUCAGUAUUAACCCAGAAGUCCACAGUCCAAAGUCUCAUCUGAGACAAGGCUAGUAAGUCCCUUCUGCCUAUGAGCCUAUAAAAUCAAAAGCAAGCUAGUUACUUCCAGAUACAAGGGCCGGAGGGAUGGGGGGCAGGGGGUAGGGGAGUGUCACAGGUUAAAUACAGCUGUUCCAAAUGGGAGAAAUUGGCCAAAACAAAGGGGUUACGGGGCCCAUGCAAGUCUGAAAUCCAGUGAGUUAGUCAAAUUUUAAAGCCCCAAAAUGAUCUCCUUUGACUCCAGGUCUCAUAUCCAGGUCACGCUGAUGCAAAAGAUGGAUUCCCAUGGUCUUGGGCAGCUCCGCCCCUGUGACUUUGCAGGGUACAGCCUACCUCCCGGCUGCUUUCACAGGCUGGCAUUGAGUGUCUGUGGCUUUUCCAGGUACAUGGUGCAAGUUGUUGGUGGAUCUACCAUUCUGGGGUCUGGAGGAUGAUGGCUGUCUUCCCACAGCUCCACUGGGCAGUGCCCCAGUAGGGAUUCUGUGUGAGGGCUCCAAUCCCACAUUUCCCUUCUGCACUGCCCUAGCAAAGGUUCUCCAUGACAGCCCUGCCCUGCAGUAAUACUUCCGCCUGGGCAUCUAGGUGUUUCCAUACGUCUUCUAAAAUCUAGGCAGAGGUUCCCAAACCUCAAUUCUUGACUUCUGUGUACCCACAGGCUCAGCACCAUGUGGAAGCUGCCAAGGCUUGGGGCCUCCACCCUCUGAAGUCACAGCCUGAGCUCUAUAUUGGCUCCUUUCAGCCACAGCUGGAGCAGCUGGGACACAGGGCACAAAGUCCCUAGCCUACACAUAGCAUGAGGACCGUGGGCCUGGCCCACGAAACCACUUUUUCCUCCUGGGUCUCUGGGCCUGUGAUGGGAAGGGCUGCUGUGAAGGUCUCUGACAUGGCCAUGGAGACAUUUUCCCUGUGGUCUUGGGGAUUAACAUUAGGCUCCUUGCUACUUAUGCAAAUAUCUGCAGCCAGCUUUAAUUUCUUCUCAAAAAAAUGGGUUUCUCUUUUCAACUGCAUUGUCAGGCUGCAAAUUUUCUGAAGUUUUAUGCUGUUUCCCUUUUAAAACAGAAUGCUUUUAACAGCACCGAAGUCACCUUUUGAGUGCUUUGCUGCUUAGAAAUUUCUUCCACCAGAUACCCUAAAUCAUCUCUGUCAAGUUCAAAGUUCCACAAAUCUCUAGGGCAGAGGCAAAAUGCUGCCAGUCUUUUUGCUAAAACAUAACAUAGUAACCUUUGCUCCAGUUCUCAAAAAGUUCCUAAUAUCCAUCUGAGACCACCUCAGCCUGGAUCUUAUUGUUCAUAUCACUAUCAGCAUGUUGGUCAAAGCCAUUCAACAUGUCUCUAGGAGGUUCCUAACUUUCCCACAUUUUCCCGUCUUCUUCUGAGUCCUCCAAAGUUCCAAAGUCGCUUCCACAUUUUUGGGUAUCUUUUCAGCAACACCCACUCUACUGGUACCAAUUUACUGUAUUAGUCCAUUUUCAUGCUUGUGAUAAAGACACACCCAAAACUGGGAACAAAAAGAGGUUUAAUUGGACUUAAGAGUUCCACAUGGCUGGGGAGGCCUCAGAAUCAUGGCGGGAGGCAAAAGGUACUUCUUACACGGUGGUGGCAAAAGAAAAAUGAGGAAGAGGCAAAAGGGGAAACCCCUGAUAAACCCAUCAGAUUAUGUGAGACUUAUUAACUAUCACGAGAAUAGCAAGGGAAAGACCAGACCCUGUGAUUCAAUUAGCUCCCCCUGGGUCCCUCCCACAACACAUAGGAAUUCUGGGAGAUACAAUUCACAUUGAGAUUUUGGUGAGGACACAGCCAAACCGCAUCACUAUCUCUGUUACCAGUUGGACUGCCACAGUAUCACAGUGCUUGUGUUCAAGUAACCCUUAUUUUACUUAAUAGUGGCCCUAAAGCACAAUAAUAGUGAUGCUGGCAUAUUGUUACAAUUGUUUUAUUUUAUUAUUAGUUACUAUUACUCUUUUACUCUUCCUAAUUAGUAAGUUAAACUUUAACCAUAGGUAUGCAUGUAUAGGAAAAACAAUAUACAUAUAGGAUUUGGGAUUAUCUGUGGUCUGUGGUUUCAAGCAUACACUAGGGGUUUUGGAACCUAUCCUCCAUGAAUAAGGGGUGGGGGCUGCUAUAUUUAGUAAAUAAUGAAAACAUUGGUAACCUUACCCCUAGAAGAUCAAGGAGGAAAGAAAUAGUUUUUAAAAUUAUAUAAAAGUUAUAUAGCAGACAUCUGCAAUACAGCCAGUUAGAUAAAAAAUUUAAGACUGAAAAAAGUUUUCAGUAGGUGAAACAAAAUAUCUCUUUCACAAUAAUAAUCAUACUGGAAACUACUGACUUGUAAUUCUGUGUGUCAAGCUGCAUGACUAGGUACAGUACACAAAUAAAUUAUCUCAAAUAAUUUUUACUGAGUCCAUUUUACAGAUAAGAAUACAAAAAUUGGGCCUUUUAUUUGCCCAAAGUCACAUUAUAAGGCAACACCUGGAUCUGAAUUCAGCUCUGCCUAAUUCCAAAAUCUAUGCACCUCAUAACCUUGUGACUGUUGCCUGGCAGGGGCCUGCAGAGUAGCAUCCAUUAAGCUUGACAGAGUUUUUUAAGAUUAUGUGGGUCACUUAACAGACAGUCUUAAGGUAAGGUUAAACAUCAAAGUUAAUUUCUGUUUUCUAUCUAUCCUGGCCCUUCUAUCCUUCAUAUCACAAUGGAGCACAAAUUAUAAUUAAGAGAUACAAAAGCAUUCAGUCACUUCCAUUUUUUUCUUUAGAUACUUACUAUAUUAAGUCUUAAAUGAACAUAUUGGCAUUCCAAAUUAUUAAGAUAAUGUCAUGCUGGUCAUUAAAAUGCUAAAUUAACAUGAAGACUACAUUUCAAAAAUACAAAAGUAUAAAUAGGAGUGUUUUGUAUAUUCAUACCACGAUUUUUGCCCUUAGAGGAACUCUGAAGUACAUUGUUAUAUGUCUGACUAAUGUAUUCAACCCUGGAAUUUUUGGGGAAGCAUUUGUUUUUUUUCUGAAAUAUACUGUCCCACUAAAGUAUCAAAUUGGGCAUACAUGAUGACAUGAAAAGCAUUUCCCAAACCAUAGUUAAUUUAAGUAAAAUGAACUUAAUAUUAUACAGCCUUAACUAGAAAUGAGAUGUCUUGCCACACUACCAGUUUUGUCAAUAGAAGUUGAGUGAAUAGAUUUAUAUCUAUUAACUAGAAAAAAGUAUAGGCAUAAAUUAACAUGUCAUCUGAUGUGAGCAGAUUGAGAAAGCCAACAAAUUUCUAGUUAUUCAAUUUAAAGGACACUGAAGUACCACAAUGUAUACAUUCAAUUUGACUACAUAAUAAUAGCUGCUAUUUACUUAGCACUUCUUCAUCUACAUAUUCUGUAAUCUUCAUUACUAUCCUGUAUUAGUCCAUUCUGACACUGCUAUAAAGAUACUAUCUGAGACUGGGUAAUUUAUACAGAAAGGAGGUUUAAUGGACUCACAGUUCUGCAUGGCUGGGGAGGCCUCAGGAAACUUAUGAUCAUGGUGGAAGGGGCAGGGGAAGCAAGACACGUCUUACCUGGCGGCAGGAGAGAGAAAGAGCACAGGGGAAACUGCCACAUUUAAACCAUCAACUCUCCUGAGAACUCCCUAUCACAAGAACAGCAUGGAAAAAACUCCCCCCAUGAUCCAACUGCCUCCCACCAGGUCCCUCCCCCAAAACAUGCCGGUUACAAUUCAAGAUUAGAUUUGGGUGGGGACACAGAGCCAAACCAUAUUAGUUUGCACUUGCUCCCUCUCAAAUCCCAUGUCUUUUUACAUUUUAAAACCAAUUAUGCCUUCACAACAGUCCCCCAAAGUCUUAUUACAGCAUUAACUCAAAAGUCCAAGACCAAAGUCUCAUCUGAGACAUGGCAAGUCCCUUCCACAUAUGAGCCUAUAAAAUCAAAAGCAAGUUAGUUACUUCCAAGAUACAAUGAGGGAACAGGCAUUGGGUAAAUGUUCCUGUUCCAAAUGGGAGAAAUUGGUCAAACCAAGGGCCACAGGCCCCAUGAAAUCUGAAACCCAGCUGGGCAGCCCUUAAAUCUAAAAGCUCCAAAAUCCCCUUUGACUCCAUGUCUCACAUUCAGGGCACACUGAAGUAAGGGGUGGGCUUUCAUACCCUUGGGCAGCUCCGCCCCUGUGGCUCAGCAGGGUACCCCUGUGGCUUUCACAGGCUGGCAUUCUGUGGCUUUUCCAGGCGCAUACUGCAAACUGUCGGUGAAUCUACCUUUCUGGGGCCUGGAGGACAGAGGCCCUCUUCUCACAGCUCCACUAGGUAGUGCCCCAGUGGGGACUCUGUAUGAGGGAUCCAACCCCAUAUUUCCCUUCCGCAUUGCCCUAGCAGAGGUUCUCCAUGAAGGCUCUGCCUCCAUGGCAGACUUCUGCCUGGACAUCCAGGCGUUUCUAUACAUCCUCUUAAAUAUAGGCACAGGUUCCCAAACCUCAACUCUUGUCUUCUGCGCACCUGCAGGCCCAACACCACGUGAAAGCUGCCAAAGCUUGGGGCUUGCACCCUCUGAAGCAAUGGUGCGAGCUGUAACUUGGCCCCUUACAGCCACAGCUGGAGCUGGAGCAUCAGGGAUGCAGGGCACCAUGUCGUGAGGCUGUACAGAGCAGCAGGGCCCUGAGCAGGAAACCAUUUUUCCCUCCUAGUUCUCAGGCCUGUGAUGGGAGGGUCUGCCCCGAAGAUCUCUGCCAUGCCCUGGAGACAUUUUCUCCAUUGUCUUGGUUAUUAACAUUCGGCUCCUUGUUACUUAUUACUUAUUACUUUUUACUUAUUAUUACUUAUUACUCCUUGUUACUUAUUCAGAUUUCUGCAGCUGGCUUGAAUUCCUCCCCAGAAAAUGGGGUUUUCUUUUCUACUACAUGGUCAGGCUGCAAAUUUUCUAAACCUUUAUGUUCUGCUUCACUUCUAAACCUAAGUUCCAAUUUCAGACCAUAUCUUCGUGAAUGCACAUGACUGAACGCUUUCAGAAUCAGCCAAGUCACCACUAGGAUGCUUUGCUGCUUAGAAAUUUUCUUCUGCCAAAUACCCUAAAUCAUCUCAAAGUUCAUCAGUUCUCUAGGGCAGGGGUAAAAUGCUGCCAGUCUUUUUGCUAAAGCAUAGCAAAAACAACCUUUGCUCCAGUUCCCAAUAAGUUCCUCAUCUCUGAGACCAUUUCAGCCUGGACUUCAUUGUCCAGGUCACUAUCAGCAUUUUGGUCAAAAGUAUUCAAAACAAGUCUCUAGGACGUUCCAAACUUUCCUAUAUCUUCCAGUUUUCUUCUGAGCCCUCCAAACCGUUCUAACCACUACCUGUUACCCAGUUCCAAAGUCACUUCCGCAUUUUCAGGUUAUCUUUAUAGCAGUACCCAACCCUGCCAGUACCAAUUCUCUGUAUUAGUCAGUUUUUACACUACUAUAAAGAAUAUCUGAGACUGGGUAAUUUAUAAGGGAGGUUUAAUUUACUCAUAGUUCUGCAUAGCUGGGGAGGCCUCAAGAAACAUACAAUCAUGGCAGAAGGCAAAGAGGAAGCAAGGAAAGUCUUACAUGGUGGCAGGAGAGAGAGAAAGCACAGGGGAAACUGCCAUAUUUAAACCAUCAGAUGUUUUGCGAUCUCCCACACUAUCACGAGAACAGCAUGGAGGAAAUCACCUCCAUGAUCCAAACACCUCACACCAGGUCCCUCCCUCAAUAUAUGGGGAUUACAAUUCAAGAUAAGAUUUGGGUGGGGGGACAGAGCCAAACCAUAUCACAUCCUGAAAGUAGGUAUCUCUAAUCCCAUUUGACAGAUGCAGAAACUAGGACUCAGAAAUGUUAGAGAAUUGGUCCCAGAACACUAUAUUAUACAUUUAUUAAGAGGCAAAAUCUAAAUUUGCAUUCAAGAUUCCAAGUCUACUGCUGCUUUAUUUUUUUGCACAUGCCAAUAGUAAAAGCUUGGUUUUCAAACUGUAUCACAGAUUAAGAUAGAUUAAAUUAGAACAAUAUUAAAAUAAUUAGAGGAUGUUAGAACUCCUCUAUUUCACAGAAAUAAAGGUUAAAUGAUACCCAAAGUAACAGGUAUCAUAGGUAAGAAAUUAACACCUUUUUUAAAAUACCAAUACUCAUGUAUUAUUCCUUUACCCUGCAUUCUCCAGAUACAGAUAAAAGGGCUGACUACAUUUUUUUAAAAUAUGUGAAUUGUUCUAAAAUUCAAUACUUUUCUACAUUCUGGUGAGAUCCUCUUGGUAAAUUAUAUAAUUAAAUAUCAGUCAAAACAUACUAAAAAAUGUAUUGUGGUGCUGCAUAUAAUGUAUAUGUACUCUGAUUUUCACAUAUUUGUCUACAUAUACAUUUGUCAAUUCACAAUAACAGAGUGAUGUGCCAAGUAAACUAUCGUGUAGUUUCACUUUUGAAAAUUUAACAAUAGAAUAUAAGUUUUGUUUUUCACAGUCUAAGUAAGUAUAGGUUACUGUGGUUCAUUUUAGAACAUUCAUUAGAAAAGUAACGUGUCUCUUCUAAAAUGCUAUCUGCUAACAUUUUAGAAACUGUAUGUUAAAUAAAGAAGAAACAUUUAAAGCAAGUGAUGAUGUAAUUUUUGUUUUAAAAUUUUAGGGAUAUUCUGCACAAUGUAAAAAUUUCAAGGGCACACUUAGCACUUUUUUCGAGAAAGAAUAAAUGGUAGCUACUGUUGUAGUGGGAGAUGUGCAAUGUGGAAGCUUUAAAAUUGAUAAACAUUUAUAAGCAAAAUAAUAGUAAAUAAUCUUUUCCUUUUUUCUAAAAUAAUCGUCAGAUUUACAAGUGAAAUCAAUACUGUAUUCUCUCAAACUUGUUUUAAAAGCUUUGUCAGAGUUUGUAUCUUCAUAAAAGUAUUGCAAAAAUUAAUUUUAACAAACCAAAUGCCUCUUGAAAAGAAUCAAAAGGAAUAAGAAUGUGAAUGUCAGCCAUAAGAAAGCAUUUUUAAAACUGUGUUUUCAUAUAAGCAGUUCUGCAUGCAGGAAACAGAAACUGCUGAGUACCACUGCAGAUUGGACACUGCUGUUAACAGCUCCAAAGUCUAAGAGAAGUGGAAUCUCUGAAAAUAAAAGUCAUUACUUAAAAUUUUAAUUAUCAACAUAAUUUUUAGAGUUGUUACUUUCAACAAAAUCAUCCCUGAAAAAACUUCACAAGUAAAAAUAGUUAAAUACAACAACAAAGAAUUGCAGGGGAUAGAAAGAAUCGAUAUUGUUAAAAUCGCCAUACUGCCCAAAGCAAUUAGCGGGUUCAGUGCUAUUGCUCUCAAAAUACCAAUGACAUUCUUCACAGAAUUAGAAAAAAACUAUUUUAAAAUUCAUAUAGAAUCAAAAAAGGACACAAAUAGCCAAAGCAAUCCUAAGCCAAAAGAACAAAGCUGGAGGCACCGUAUUACCCGACUUCAAACUACUACAAGGCUAAAGUAACCAAAACAGCAUGGUAUUGGUACAAAACAGACACAUAGACCAAUGCAACAGAAUAGAGCCCAGAAAUAAGAGCACACACUUAAAACCAUCCGAUCUUCAACAAAGUCAACAAAAACAAGUAAUGGGGAAAGGACUCCCUAUUCAAUAAGUGGUGCUGGGAUAUCAUCUCACACCAGUCAGAACAGCUAUUAUUAAAAAGUCAGAAAAUAAUAGAUCCUGGUGAGGUUGCAGAGAAAGGGAAAUGCUUAUACACUCCUGGUGGAAGUGUAAAUUAAUCCAGCCAUUGUGGAAAGCAGUUUGAUGAUUUCUCAAAGAACUUAAAACAGAACUACCAUUCGACCCAGCAAUCUCAUCACUGGGUAUAUACCCAGAGGAAUAUAAAUUAUUCUACCAUAAAGACGCAUGCAUGUGUAUGUUCACUGCAGUACUACUCAUAAUAGCAAAGACAUAGAAUCAACCUAAAAGCCCAUCAACAGAAGACUGCAUAAAGAAAAUGUGGUACAUAUACACCAUGGAAUUCUACACAGCGAUAAAAAGAAUGAGAUCAUGUCCUUUGCGGCAACAUGGAUGGAGCUGGCAGCCAUUAUCCUCAGCAAACUAACACAGGAAUAGAAAACCAAAUACCACAUGUUCUUCUCAGUUAUAACUAGGAACGAAACAUUGAGUACACAGGGACACAAAGAAGGGAAGGACAGACACUGGGGCCUACUUGAGGGUGGGAAGAGAAUGAAGACUAAAAACCUAUCCAUCAAGUACUGUGUUUAUUUCCUGGGUGAUGAAAUAAUCUGUACAGCAAACCCCUGUGGCACAAAAUUUGCCUAUAUAACAAACCUGCACAUGUACCUCUGAACCUAAAAUAAAAGUUUAACAAAAAAGAAUUGCAGGGUUUUUUGGGGAGUGGGCAGGGGAGAAAAGGAACCAAUAAAACAAUGAUUAUGACAAAACCUUUAUCCAUAGUUUAAAAUUAGAACACAAAACAUCUAACCAUCUGCCAAAACAUGAAUCACAAAAUUGAUAUUUUAAGGACAAGUCAUUAAUUUGUAGCAUAAAUAGCUGACAAUCUUAGACUAAAUGUGUCAUUGCUGAUAAAUGAUUCACAUCUUCAAUACUGAAAGCUGACAAGCAUUCAGAACAUUAAAACAAUAUAUCACAACACAGACUGUUAAAUAUUAGGUGGACAGUCAGUGCAUGAGUUUAGCUGUACCAGGAUUAUUUUAAGAAAGUUCGGGCACUUUGAGUGUUUUUUUUUUUUUUUUAAUCCAUAACUUUCUGUAAGAACCACACUGUGGAUCAUAACAUCUGAGCUAUAAGGAUUAAGAGUGUAACUGGGGCCCGCUGGGUGGGGGGGUGGGACAGCAUUAGGAAAAAUAGCUAACGCAUGCCGGGCUUAAUACCUGAUGGGUUGAUAGGUACAGCAAACCACCAUGGCCACAUGUUUACCUAUGUAACCUGCACAUCCUGCACAUGUACCCUGGAACUUAAAAUAAAAAUUAUAAUUAAAAAAAAGAAUUGAGUAGCUGCACCACUAGAAAGAUGGCGGAGCAAGACAGAAGAAAGGAAAAGGGCUCAGGUUUAAAUGACUGGAAUCAUUCCUACAUGAUUCCUGGUGGCAGAAACGCGACAAGGUGCGUCUCAGACGACUAGAAGUGAAACCUCAUGCCUUGGAAUUGCCAGAUAAACAUUCCUUGGCCUUUGUUGUACGCAUCGAAAGGAUUGAUGGCGUGAGUUUACUGGUGCAGAGAACCAUUGCAAGACUUCGCCUAAAGAAAAUUUUUAGUGGUGUCUUUGUAAAAGUUACCCCCAGAAUCUAAAAAUGCUGCGUAUAGUGGAACCUUAUGUGACCUGGGGAUUUCCAAAUCUGAAGUCUGUCCGAGAACUCAUUUUGAAAUGUGGACAAGCCAAUGUCAAGAAUAAGACCAUCCCUCUGACAGACAACACAGUGAUUGAGGAGCACCUGGGGAAGUUUGGCGUCAUUUGCUUGGAAGACCUCAUUCAUGAAAUUGCCUUCCCAGGGAAGCAUUUCCAGGAGAUCUCAUGGUUCUUGCGCCCUUUCCACCUCUCAGUGGCCCGUCAUGCUACCAAAAAUAGAGUGGGCUUCCUCAAGGAGAUGGGCACACCUGGCUAUCGGGGUGAACGCAUCAAUCAGCUCAUCCGUCAGCUGAACUAGACCCAGGUGCCAAACUGCGGUAAAUUUUUUAUCAGUGAAGUGGAAGCAUGUGUUUUGUUGUUUUGGGAAUUUUUAUCAAGUAUCUUCAGAGAAGAUUAUUUCCUGCUUUAUCUUCAAAAACUGGAAAGGAAGGGUCAAAGAAAAGACAGUAGCUGGCCGGUCGUGGUGGCUCAUGCCUGUAAUCCCAACACUUUGGGAGGCUGAGGCGGGCAGAUCACCUGAGGUUGGGAGUUCGAGACCAGCCUGACCAACAUGGAGAAAUGCCAUCUCUACUAAAAAUACAAAAAUUAGCCGGGCAUGGUGGUACAUGCCUGUAAUCCCAGCUACUCAGGAGGCUGAGGCAGGAGAAUCGCUUGAACCUGGGAGGUGGAAGUUGCAGUGAGCUGAGAUCACGCCAUUGCACUCCAGCCUGGGCAACAAGCGAAACUCUGUCUCAAAAAAAAAGAAAA